AUAAUACUAUUAUUGCUUCCAUCAAUCGUCGUCUCGUCGCUCUCUCCUUCCCCCUUCUGUGCCUCCUCGUUGUUCGGCUUCGGGCUUCCGAAGAACGGAGAGGUGUGCGCCUAUGGAUCACUUCGAGGCGCAGAGCAAGCCGGUUUCCGGCGAUAGAUCCGAGAACGACACCGAGAAGGCAGCGGCAGACGCGAGGGCAGCCCAUCUCGCCCCGAAAGGCUCCUCCGUCGCAACCGAGGUCGGCAUCAGGAACUCGCCGAUGCCGACGCUGAAGCCAAGCUCUACGGCGGGACCGCAGCUCAUCAUGUUCUAUGGAGGAACCAUCAACGUUUAUGACUCCGUCCCCCCUGAAAAGGCGCAGGCCAUCAUGCUCAUCGCUGCGGCAAUGGCCGUAGCCACGAGGGUCUCCACCAAUAACACUGCUGCCACGGCAGUGGCGGCGAGGACCUCUGCCAUUAGAACUGCUGCCGCAGCUGCUGCCGCCCAUUCCCCGGUGGUAGUUGGCCCGGCUGCUGCUGCAGCCACAACUGCAGUGGCAGCGCCAGCUGCACCAGCGCUCACGAGGACUUUGUCAUUUCUCAGUUCCUCGGCUGUGACAGACGGUUCGCCAAAGCAACCCCAGCUUGCUCCCAACCCAGGCAGCUCCCUCUGCAAGCUGCAAGCUGAGCUUCCGAUUGCAAGGAGGCACUCGCUUCAACGCUUCUUGGAGAAGCGCCGUGACAGGGUGGUGAGCAAAGCCCCCUAUGCUACAGACAAGUCUUCAGACGGCAUCAAAGCAGCUUCUGAAGGACAACUUUGAACUCAUGCGAUCACCAUCGUAUUAUCAUUUGGGCCAAAAUCUCAGACUGUCAACUAUUAAUUGUCUGUUGUUGUAAGCGACUGCGUUUAAACUUGGUAGUAGGACCAUGAGCCUUGUGACUGAUGUACUUACUGUGUCUCUAUGGUUGCACCUGUCUUGUGUUACAAAUUCCGAUGAUUGGAUAAUGUUGCGAAAGAAAGUUAGCAUUGGACUUAGUAUGAACUCCAACAAGACAUAUAUUUUGUGUUUGUUUGUGUAA